GUUUUCUGCAGAUAGAUGGUAGAAGCAACUGCAGCUUCUUUAGUUUGGGCAGGGAGGAGGUGUUUCCUCCUUGGGCGAAGAAAACCUUGGGUGCCCACGUGGGAAGAAGCACGUUGCAUUGUUCGACUCUCACGGCAGCCCCAGGAACCUUGGAUUCUUUCUCCUGAGAAAAUGACCCCUCCUUUUCUGCUGCUGCUGCUGGGACUCUUCUUUUUUGGGGAUGGGGGCCACUGUCUUGUCCCUGCUGAGGAGCUGCAACAGCUGUCGGAGACGGGAAGCAAGUUCAUUGACUCGGAGCUGGAGAACGCCAUCAACGGCGUCCGGCAAAUGAAGGCGCUGAUGGAGCAGACCAGCAACGACCACCGGGAGAUCUUGAACAGCCUGGAGGACACCAAGAAGCAGAAGGAGGAGGCCCUCAUGCUUGCAAAGGAGGUGGAGAAACAGCUGAGUGAGAAGGAGGUCUGCAAUGAGACCAUGCUGGCCCUUUGGGAAGACUGCAAGCCUUGCCUGAAGCAGACCUGCAUGAGAUUCUACACCCGGACAUGCCACAGUGGGGCCGGGCUGGUCGGCAGACAGCUGGAGGAGUUCUUGAACCACUCGUCCCCCGUCUCCGUCUGGGUCAACGGAGAGCGGAUCGACACCCUGAUGGACGCGGACGAAGAGCAGGGCCGGCGGCUGGACGACCUGGAGGAGCGCUACAGCCUGGUGGAGGACGGGGUGGACCAACUCUUCCAGGAAAGCAGCCGGGCCUACGGGCAGUUGUCUCCCUUCUUCCGCCCACCCUUUGGGGGUUUCCGGGACCCCGUCCGCAGCAUCCGCAUCCCGUACGCCGGCACCCGUAUCGCCCGGAGCGCGUCCCCCUACCCCUUCUACCCGAGCCCGUACCACCACGUGCACCAGGAUUUCCACCACUUCUUCCAGCCGUUCUACGAGAUGACCCAGCGCCUCUUUGAGGGAGCGCAGAGAGCCAUGGAGAGGGACGGCCAGUGGCUGGACGGGAGUACCGGGCCUUUCCUGGGAAGACUCCCAACAGGGACUGCCAGUCCAAAUGACAACCGCAUGGUGUGCCGUGAGAUCCGGCGCAACUCGGCCGGCUGCCUGCGAAUGAAGGAGAAGUGUGAGAAAUGCCGGGCCAUCUUGGAUGUCGAUUGCUCCCAGACGGAUCCCGAGCAGAGCCAGCUGCGCGAACGCUUCGAAGACGCCAUGCGAAUCGCCGAACGGUUCACCCGGAAGUACGACGACCUCCUCAAGGCGUUCCAGGACGAGAUGUUCAACACCACUGCCCUCCUGGACCAGCUGAACCAGCAGUUUGGUUGGGUGUCCCGACUCGCCAACGCCACUCGGAAUAGCGACAAACUUCUGCAGGUCGCCACGGUCAUUUCCAAACCUGCCAGUUCCGGGGACCAGGCGAAACCCUCUGACACUCAGGUCACCGUCCAGAUCUUUGACUCGGACCCACUGACCAUGACGGUGCCAGGAGACAUCCCGCUGGACGACCCCAAGUUCAUGGAGUUGGUGGCGGAGCAGGCGCUGCGCGAGUACAAGAGCAACAAUGAAGUGGAAUAGCUUUGCCGUCACCUCUGGACCUCAGGCCACGAGAAGGGAGAGGGACAGAGAGAGAGAGAGAAGCCAUAGCCUCCGGCCGUUCCUGCCUCCUCGCCUCAGUGCUCCCAUAGAACCACGGAGGACCCUCGCCCAACCAGCCCCUUCUCUGUCUGCAUUUGUAGUUUACACACUGUGUUAUCGCCUGCCCUAUUUUUGCUGCUGGGUCUUCUUUGACCCAAAACUGAAAUAAAAGAUUCUAGACCCAACA